CCACUCAGAUUCCUGUCACUUCUGAGAAGCUUUCGGCGGUAGCCAUGGCUCUGCCACCUUUCUUCGCCCCAGGUCGCCCGGGCCCGCCACCUCCGCAGCCGCUGCCUCCCGCUCCCUUCGGCUGUCCGCCACCGCCGCUGCCCUCCCCCGCUUUCCCACCGCCUCUUCCCCAGCGGCCCGGCCCCUUUCCGGGGGCCUCCGCCCCCUUCCUCCAGCCCCCGCUGGCUCUGCAGCCCCGGGCCCCUGGAGGAGAAGCCUCGCGCGGUGGCGGCGGCAGCAGCAGCGGCGCUUUCUACCCAGUGCCUCCACCGCCGCUGCCUCCGCCGCCUCCCCAGUGCCGGCCCUUCCCGGGGAUCGAUGCCGGCGAACGCCCACGGCCGCCGCCUCCGGGCCCUGGGCCGCCCUGGAGCCCGCGCUGGCCAGAGGGGCCGCCGCCCGACGUGCUUGGGGACGCGUCCUUGCAGCGCCUGCGCGACCGGCAGUGGCUAGAGGCGGUGUUCGGAACGCCGCGGCGGGCUGGCUGCCCAGUGCCCCCGCGCCCUCCCGUCGGGCCCAGCUUGGGCGAGGUGCGUGCGCGAUUACGCGGGGCUCUGCGCCUGGUGCGGCGGCUGCGCGACCUGGGCCAAGCCCUGCGCGAGGCCGAGGCGGACGGCGCGGCCUGGGCACUGCUGCACGCCCAGGCGGCGCCGCUGCGGGCAGAACUGGCUGAACGCCUGCAGUCGCUGACCCAGGCCGCCUAUGUGGGCGAGGCGCGGCGGAGGCUGGAGAGGGUCCGGCGCCGCCGGCUGCGGCUUCGCGAGAGGGCCCGAGAACGCGAGGCCGAGCGGGAGGCGGAGGCCGCGCGAGCUGCGGAGCGGGAGCAGGAGAUCGACCGCUGGAGGGUCAAGUGCGUGCAAGAGGUGGAGGAGAAGAAGCGGGAGCAGGAACUUAAAGCUGCUGCUGAUGGUGUCUUAUCUGAAGUGAGGAAGAAACAAGCAGACACCAAAAGAAUGGUGGACAUUCUUCGGGCCUUGGAGAAAUUGAGGAAACUCAGGAAAGAGGCUGCGGCAAGGAAAGGGGUCUGUCCUCCGGCCUCAGCAGAUGAGACUUUUGAGCAUCAUCUUCAGCGACUGAGAAAACUCAUUAAAAAACGCUCUGAACUAUAUGAAGCUGAAGAGAGAGCCCUCAGAGUUAUGUUGGAAGGAGAACAAGAAGAAGAGAGGAAAAGAGAACUAGAAAAGAAACAGAGGAAAGAAAAAGAGAAAAUUUUACAGCAAAAGCGUGAAAUUGAGUCCAAGUUAUUUGGGGAUCCAGAUGAGUUCCCGCUCGCUCACCUCUUGCAGCCUUUCCGACAGUAUUACCUCCAAGCUGAGCACUCCCUGCCGGCGCUCAUCCAGAUAAGGCAUGACUGGGAUCAGUACCUGGUGCCAUCUGAUCAUCCUAAAGGCAGCUCCGUUCCCCAAGGAUGGGUCCUUCCCCCGCUCCCCAGCAACGACAUCUGGGCAACCGCCAUGAAGCUGCAGUAGUAAAGAGGCUCCAGGAGUGUGGUCCAGGCAACGCUCUUUCCAGCUCUAAAUAUUAGUGACGCUGCCAUCUUCUUGUGCUAUAGACUGAACAACAACCUGUCAACUCCGCGUGGCGUGGCCCUACCCAGAAGUUACAUUUUCCUUCUGUGCUCUGUUCUGGCCAGUGGGGCUUCUGAAUCAGGAGAUUAAUAUGGUUCUUUAGGAAAGGACCUAGGUAAACUGGGGCUGUGACCACAUGCCAUGGUUCACUGAAUUUGCCUCUGUUUUGAGGGGCUUGGCCCAGAGUGACUUGUUAGUUUACUGAACUUCCUUGUGUGGUGAUGGGUGUGUACCCGCCAUACACUCGGCACAGGUGUGCACUGGGUAGUUUAGCAGCCCUUCUCCUAGUACUGAGUGUGAAGGCAAGGUUGAUGCAAAACCUCCUUAUCCUCCCUAUCCAAAUAGCCCUCUAACUUCCAGGAAGAAAGGUCAAAAUGUUUCUUUGGUUUUGUGGAUCCCGUUUUUGGUGCAGCUUGAGAGUGUAGGCUGCAGACAGGGCUGGCAGAAAAGCUGGUGGCUUAGGUAGUUAUAUGGAGAGCUUGGAUCACCUGAACAGGACCCAAAUUUGGACAGUGUCUUAAUGGGUGAUGUUAGGAUCCAUGUUAGAAGGAUCCUAAUGAAAGGAACCGCUUUAUAAGUUCCUAGAUCUAGUUGUUCAGAAUUCCCAAGGAUAGAAAUUUAUUUCCCCAUCGGAAUAAGACCUUGACAUCAUGCACCCGGUGGGCGCUGGUAUAGCUAUGGAAUUUUCUUGGGAACUCAAGCUCCAAAAAUAUCCAUGUUUUCAAUAGUUAAAGCUGGGGGAAAAGCAGAUGAAAAUAAUGCGAUUUAUUUUUUUAUAUUCAUUAAUAAAUGCUCUUGUGCUUCGAGUUGAUCAAUGAUAUAAC